AUGACGUCACAGUCUACUGAUAUUGUAUUUAUUGAUUCAACAACGAGUAGAGAGUGUCAUUUAUUUGAAUUUACAUCGAAAUUAAGAACAAUAAUGAAAGUUAAUCAAGAUUUACCACAUGAUUCAGUAAAUUUAACCGUACGUUCAGUAAAAUCAUGUACAUGUUCAAAUCAUGACAAUGGUGAUAGUGAUCGAACUACAAAUGCUCCUCGUAAAUACAGUGUACUCGAUGAAAAAGCAUUACGUGAGGAUGAUACAAAAUUAGUACGCGAUCAGCGUGUUCAAACGAUGAGUCGAAGUUAUGAAAUUAUCUUGGAAAGUAUUGGAGAAGAUCCAACAAGACAGGGACUUCUUAAAACACCUAAACGUGCUGCUGAGGCAUUAGUUUUUUUCACAAAAGGUUAUGAACAAUCGAUUCGAGAAAUUGUUAGCGAUGCUAUCUUUGAUGAAGACUGUGAAAAUAUGGUUGUUGUUAAAGAAAUUGAUAUGUAUUCUUUAUGUGAACAUCAUAUGGUACCUUUUUUCGGUAAAGUAUCUGUUGGUUAUUUACCCAAUAAACGAGUACUUGGUUUAAGUAAAAUAGCAAGAAUUGUUGAAGUAUUUAGUCGACGUCUACAAGUACAAGAACGUUUGACUCGUCAAAUAGCAGAAGCUAUUGCUGAAGCAAUUAAACCAAGAGGUGUAGCUGUUAUUGUUGAAUGUCUUCAUAUGUGUAUGAUUAUGCGUGGUGCUCAAAAAGUAAAUUCACGAACAACAACAUCAGCAAUGCUUGGAGUCUUUCGUGAAGAUCCAAAAUCUCGUGAAGAAUUCUUAUCACUUGGUCGAAUUAAUCCAUUUUAA